GUUUCAUGUAUUGUGAUAAUGUCGCUGUAUGCAGUGAAAUACGAAUUUAGAGUUGUCUAUUUAUUUGCUUUUCGAUUUUUAUUUGGUCAAUGAACAUAUUCUGAAGCCUAACUAGUUAUGUUUUGCAGUAUUACUAGUAAUAAAAUUAUAAAUUUGGGUGGGCCUUUGUGUUUUGAUGAUUUGUAUGCGGAAAAUAACGUGAAUAUGGCUCUUUGGGAGAGAUUACAGCAGCUUCAUGGGGAUGCCCAGCGACAAGUAGGGGCUGUUUAUGGUGAUACAUUUCCAAUAGAAGUUCGAUGUGCUUUGGCGCAGUGGAUUGAAGAACAGCCGUGGAAUGAACUUGAUCCAGAUAAUCCUCAGCAUGAUACAUAUGCAGCUCAGUUGGUAAAUAAUUUAUUUCAACAGUUGGAACUAAAAGUUUCAACAGGAGAUGAUUUUGUCAUGCGUUUAAAGCUACGUGAAGCUGCAAAUGCUUUUCGGCUUAAAUAUUCCACUAAUCCUCAACAGUUAGUCAGAGUCAUUAAACAUUGUCUUCAGACUGAAAUGAGGAUAGUUCAGCAAGCUGAAGAUUUUUGCAGAGGGCUUUCAAGUCACAUGCAGAUCACACCUGAUCCCGUUCAAGAGAUCAACUUAGCAUUAGACAAAUUAAGACAUACUACACAGGUGAGUUCGGGAAAUGAAGACAAAAUAUUUUCUGCAG